AUGGCGUUUACUCCGGAACGUGGUGCAUUAAUCGUCGAUUCUCAGUAUGAAAAUGAAGAUCAACAAUUUUUGGAGGAAAUACAUCUAUCGAAAAAUAAUUGUAAUGGUGCGGACAAUAGUUCUGUUAAUAGCGAUCACGCAAGCAGUGGCUUCUACAGUCGCGAUUAUUCACAGCAAUCCGGCAAGACAUAUACACGAUUGCGAACAAUCAAAACUGAACCAAUGGAUUAUGAUGAACAAACUUGUUCGGAAAACGGUCGAUCUACUCAAAGUUUUGGAGAAGAUAAUGCAUCCAUUAGUGAGGCAAGUCAAGUAGAUUGUUCCAACGGUAAUCGAUAUAUAGGGCAUUCUCCGCGAAGUACAAAGAGCUACGAUGUCGCAAAGUACAAUGCUGUAGAAGGCACUAAUCAAAAUGGUGAAGGUACUUUGGGAUUGAGUAUAAAUCGAGCGGUACAGGAACCAGGUCCGAUAGGGGAGGAUGUAGAGGAGAGACAAGAUAACAGUGGUUUGCAAGGCUGUAAUGGUGUUUCCGCUGUGUGGACACCACCUACAUUUCGAACAUAUCGUCCACCGUGUUCCAUAGAUUGGCGACAUCCGCGGGUAAGAGAUAUCUUACGUGACUACAGGACCCAAAAAAUUAACUCACGUGAAGGUGCUGAACUGAUCACAAAAAUAACAGGCAGUCCAGUAUCUACUACAACAGUAAGAGUUAAGAGCCGAAUGUUGGACGAAUUGGAUGCACAAUGUGCAGAAAACGGUGUUGAGUCAAGAUGUGGCUGUGAGGUUGGAGGCAGUGAUGGUGCAGAUGCUAAUCAAUCAUUACGAGAAAAUGGAAGAAUCAAAUUCCCAAUGAACAAUGUGAACAAGGCUCUAAUUCCUGGCGUCAAUGCUCCGAUUGUAGCCCCGCCCAAUUCUCCAUACUAUCUAUCUUUUUCACGCCGCUUCAAGCAAACUUCACUGACAGUACCUCUCAAUCCGGAUGAGGUUCGGCUCUACAGGCAUGCAUCCCAUUCAAAAUCUGGACGAACAAUACAUUUCAGAUGUUCGCGCUGUGAUACUCUACAUCAAACUUAUAAAAGUGGUGAAAUUGCACGUAUAAAAAUGGUAGAUGGCGUUGUUGUUAGCCAGUUAUAUCCAGUACAUCAUGAACGCUGUAAACCAAUAAGACUCGUGGAAGCCAGAGCAAAAGAAAUCGAACGACGUUGCCGAAAAGAUAUAAUUCUAGGAAUGAAUCCAAAAGAGGCCUGGAAAAAGGGACGGAAAGCAGCUAUUUCGGAAGCAACGGCAGCUGGUUUCCCUGUGUAUGGUCCUGGUUCUAUACUGUCUGCGUUUCCGGAAUGGGAUAAAGUAAAAGCACUUUUUGGUGCCUUACGCGCAAGAUAUAUCAGAAGACAGAUGCAUCUCAAACAGCGCAUGGGCGGCAAAAAAAGUUUCGACAAUGAUGAAAAGAGAGUGGAGACUGCUGAUUUUGACAUGGCGGAAGUUGCGCGACCAAAAAGAGCAUGGAUUGGACAAGGAGGAACCUAUGCUAAUGCAGUAAGGCAUGACGAUGGUGCGUCAACAAGUGGUUUGGAGAAUGUAGCUGUUAGUGAAGGUGAGGAAAUUGUGGGUAAUGAUUUCGAAUUGGACGAUUUUGAAGAGGAGUCACUGUAUAAUUUUAUGCAGAAUGCUGGGAAAGUUGCAAAUUUCAAUCAAGCCUGCAAUAUUUCAAAUAAUACUGUGAACGGUGCAGUUCCUAAAAGCUCUUUAAAUGGGUCAUUACCACCUACAUCUACUUUUACGCCAGAAGCAACAGUUGUAGAUGAACGGCAGUCUGAUGCUCGACAAAAUAUCAUCAAGCAAGGAAAUGGUACUAUAGAUUCUGAUAAUGCCAGACUGGCGUAUGAAGUGCAGGAAGUAGAGCGCGCAAUUGCCAGAGCAAGUAUGCCGCUUGAACGAACUUUCCCAGAUCAAUUGAACCGACCACCAAUCUUGACACCAUCUCAUUCCAGUCCAUCAUCCAGUGUUCUCUCUGUAGAAGGUCUAUCGGAUGCUGAAAGGAGAGGUGGACAUCCGAGAAAAAAACGAAAGCGAUCAGAAGAUCCAAAACCAGGUCAAGAUUACAUUACAUUUGUGUCUCCAGCUGGCGUUUUACCAUGCGCAGAAAAAAAGAAAAAAUACUCUUUGGAAGAUGCGACGGAGAAGCUGAAGAAAAUAGAGUUAUAUAUUGCUCAGUAUAAUGCGCUAAGUGAUAAUAAAAUUGCCACAAUACAUGUAAGUUGUGGCGGUGAUUUGAAGUUGCAUGGUAGUAAAUAUAUCAUCGAUGCUUGUUUACAUUCAUCUGUUAUCAGAGAUUUGAAAAAAAAAUGGAGGGAGCGAGAAGAGGUUGACGAGGAAGGCGUCGAUGAUGAUGAGCUUGUUUCAAUUCCGCUGGUUAGAUGUUUACCCAACUUAGAAAUUAAUAUUGCCAACACUUCCGAUGUACAUGCAAUGCUCAGUGGAUUCUUGGAAGCAAUGCAUUAUCCUUGGAAGCCGUGGUUUGGUGUGUCGCAUAAUCCAGAUUACUGGCCGCCAUCUGUUCCAUUUUACGAUCCAAAUAACGAUCUCUUGAGUUUGAGUAAUUUUAAACAGCGAAAAGAAAUUGAAAAGCAUUCUAUUGUGGAUCUUGAAAGAGAUAUUUUGAAAUAUGCUUUCAAACAUUAUAUAAGCUUUAUGGAAUAUCAUUUUGGACUUUCUGGGCCAAAUUAUGAUGAUGAUCCACGAAAUGUUAAAGAAGAAAUAAAUACAAGUGCAGGAAUAGUGCGGCAGUGUACUGUUGGUGUAAAUGCCAAUUUGCUGCAAAGAGACUCUUCAACUGUUUCGGCAUCAGAAAUGCAAAAUAUGGACACAGCGAAAACGCAGUCAGAUAAAACUAAAGAACCAGCUCCAUCUACUGGUCUCACUUCUGGGUUAUCACAUCCCUCAGCAAGUAAUGAAGCUGACGAACAAUGUUCAGAUCCAACAACAUCUUCAACAAUUACUCCAACUAUUCCAAGUUCUACAGCAUCACCUCUUUCCAGUGAAAGGAUUUUGGAGGAUCAGUUGUCACUUUUUCGCAAUUCAGUUUUGCGAAUUCGUUAUGAUCAAAUGGGUGCAGAUGUGCGGACGAUUUUGGAGUCAGUAAUCAAAAUUCAAAAUCAUUCGACAUGCAGAACUUUGGUGGUUUUUGUGGAUGAACGAAAUAAAUUGAGCUUAUCUGGUGACAAAACUUUGAUCUCGGCCUUUUUAAGCUCAAAUAUACCUCAGUGUCUACCUUCAGCCAUGAGCAACGGUUUUGAUAAUCAAACUAUAACACUGCCUUUGCUUCAACUUUACGAGGAUGCCGUUGUCGAUGGAAUGACUGAGGGGCGAACAUUAGAUUUAUUGGAUGAUAUGAUGAUGCAUGUUAAUUUUCCAUGGGCGGAUCCGUAUGAUGGCACUCAACCAGAUUGUUGGCCGCCUGAGAUACCUUUCUGUCCACCUUGGUCAAAUAAUGGAAGAGGAAUAUUGAAUCGACGAAUUGGUGCAAAUACUCCUGGUCAAGCUGCUAAAGUGGUUCUUAAAAGUGUUCGAUGGUUUUAUUCCGAAAUGCUACUUGAGAAAUUGAAGUUAGAGGAUGGUCUGAAGAGGAUUGCUCCGUCAUUAGCUGAAUUGACACAUAAUCUUCUUCAAGAAAGGAGCAGUGCUUUACAAACACCCAUUCCUCGUUCAGCUUCUCAAGAAAUAACUCAGUUCCGUGUUCCUGGCAAAGUUGUAAAGCGGAGUCCAUCUCAGCGCUCUUAUUCUUCGCAGUUACGAACUUUAUCUCAUCAUUCUGGUUCAUCACAAGAAUUGCGAAUGUAUGAUCAGGAGCCACUUGCAACACCACCACCAGAAGUACGAACUGAUUUCACGUUUCAAGAUUUGCCUUACCGUGGUCGUACAGCUCCACUCAGUCCUUCGCAACAUUCGGUUUCAUCUCAGGAAACUGUUCCAUUUCGUCUACCACCUCAUCAUCCGUUAGCAAACGCACAUCUUACUUUGCAACAAGCCGUUUCUGAAAAGCGGUACAAUACUCAAAAUUAUGAAGCACGUUCAGAAACUUAUAUAAUGUCUGAUGAUCGUGAUGUUUCCAUGAUGACACCUGCUGAAUCUUGCAUACAUCAAGAAGAAGUGCCUUUCCAGAAUUCAAAAACAACAGUGCCAGCUCAUUCUCAUGUUUCAAUACCAUCACGAGAUUUCAGGAUGCCGCGGAUUCCAUCUCAGCAAGUACUGACUUCUGAAGAUCGUCCAUCUAGUUGGACCUCACACCAUUCUUCAGCAAGUUCUGGAUCACGAUCUUCACAAAGCAAUAAAAGUUCGCAUCAUUCUAGUGUGCAUUCUGAGUCGCGUGGUUCAGUUGCGACAUCGUCGAAGCAAUUUAUUACUCCGGGACAUUCUUAUCAAAUACCUGCGUAUAACAAACCAAGCGCAGUGAGGUUGCAUAACCAAAAGGAGCAACAACAGUAUUCUACGACAUCAAUAGUUGCCAAGUCGCAGCACGAUCCUUACGCAGUUAAAGAAGAUUCUGUUGCAGCAAAUCGGUUCCGUGAGGAAAGUUCUUCGUUUCGAACCACAACGCCAUGCUCUAAUUAUCCCGAAUAUUCUGCUUCGUCACGUGACGUCGUUGUACAGGGUUCAUUUGUUAACGAUGUGGUAAGUCCACAGCUUCAUUUUCAACAAUCAGAGUUGGCACGAGAUUUUGUAACGCCGCAGAUCCCACCAUUACAACAGCAAGAGCAACAAUCGCAAGAGAAAGGUUUUAUAAGGGUAUUAUGUGCCUGUGAGCCGGGUGUGGAAUUGAACGCAAAUGAUUGCGUACGAUGUAAUCGUUGCCACAAAAAUUUUCAUUCUAACCAAGCGGCGGAGCAUCGAAAUAUAUACUUGGACGAGUGGGAUAUUGAAAAAGACUGGACGCCACAUUUUGGACCAUGUAGGACUCAUUUUAUGUUCACAUUUUCGCCAUGUGAACCGAAAACAAAAAUGUUAGCAUGCUGUCGGAGUUUUAAUCCGUUUGUGCUCUUUCUUCUUCUCCUCCUCAGUCUAAUCGUUGCAGCCAUCGUACCGAUAAUAAUGCUAUGCAUAAUUUGUCCACCAUGGCGUGUUCUGUGCGAAUGUUGUUUGUGUUGCGAAUGUUGUGCCAUCGAUGAAAAUGGGAACUUUAUUCAUUUUGAAGAAGAGGAUGAGAAAACUACUGAGGAAUUCGAUAUCAAAAUAGAGGAGCAAAGUUCGAUUAGUAGAACAGGUGACAGUUUUGUUCAAACGAUCAUGAUCACAGGUUACUGUGAGAAAUUUAGCAAUAAUUUAUGCGAAAAUGGUGGAACAUGUGUAAGUAUUGGCACCAAUGAUUAUAAAUGUGUUUGCCUGAACGGUUAUAACGGAAAGAAUUGUUCAACAAACGAAAAUGACUGCAUGGAAAAUUCAUGCGCACCUGGAAGUACCUGUAUUGAUGGUAUAGCUAAAUAUACUUGCACUUGUCCACCUGGAAGAAUUGGUUUAUUUUGUCAUUUGGAUGACCCCUGCAUGCAAAAACCAUGUGGAAAUGGUUCCGAAUGCAUUGCAGACACUGCAAGUGGAGAAUUUUCAUGUAACUGUAUGAAAGGUACAACGGGUGAAAAUUGCGCCACUGAUAUAAACGAAUGUAUUGAGAGUGACAAAUUAUGCUUCAAUGGCGGUAUAUGCGUGAAUACAUUUGGUUCAUGGUAUUGUGACUGUCCUGUAGGAUAUAAUGAUCCAUACUGUAUGAUUCAUGAUAAUCAAUGUGAGCCAAAUCCAUGCCUUAACGGUGCAUCCUGCCUUGAUUAUGGCAAUCGUUAUGAAUGCAUCUGUCAAAAUGCUUUCUAUGGUACAAAUUGUGAGAAGAUGUGUCCACCGGGUUUUGAAGGUCGUAUGUGCAAGCAGCAUCGUAUUACCCUGGACAAUGACCAUCUGGAAGAGUUGUUUGAGAAGCAAAUUUGUUUGCUUCAUAAUUGUUCAUCAAAAGCUAACAACAAUGUAUGUGAUUCGGAAUGCAACUAUCCUGCAUGCCAAUAUGAUGGAUUUGAUUGCACUGCGCAUUUACAACCAUUUCGGCAUUGUCCACUUCCAGAUUUUUGUGGUCGAGUAUUUCACGAUAAUAAAUGCGAUUUGGUAUGUUAUCGUUCUGAAUGUCUCUCUGAUGGAUUUGACUGUAACGAGAAAGGAGAAAAAUGUUUGUUUGAAGAUUACUGUUCCACUCGUUUUAAUGAUGGUUAUUGCGAUCAAGAAUGCUUUGCCGAAGAAUGCUAUUUUGAUGGUGCUGAUUGUGCACAGGAAAUUGCAUAUGAUAAGUUGGAAGGAAGUUUGAGCUUGAUAAUCCUUAUGAAGCCAGAUGAAUUCUUAAAACAUGCAUCUGUCCUGCAGUUCAUUUUGAGCCAAGGCAUGCUGGCCAGAGUUACUAUUGCUGUUGACAAAUAUAAUCACAAGCGAUUUUAUUCAUGGAAAGCAGACGCAAAGGGACUGCAUGGUACGAAGGUAUACUUCAACGUUGAAACACCAUGGUGUCAUGAAAAAGCUAACUGUCAACAUCAUAUCACCGAUAUAGAGCAAGCUGCUAAUUUUAUAGGUGGAAUGAGUUCAAACCAGGCAUAA